AUGGCGCCGGACCAAAGAAACCAAAACGGCGGCAACGCGUCGAACGGGGCCGUCGACGCGACCGAGGUGACACCGCUUCUGGCGACCAAGGAUGUCGCUCCGACCGCCGACCCCGACAUCUCACAAGCUACCACCCUCCAUGAGCCGGAGCCGAACCAGGAUGGGGCCGCCGAGGACGACAAGCCGCUGCCGGUGUGGCAGAUCAUCUGGCUCUGCUACGCCCGAAUGGUCGAGCCCAUGGCCUUCUUCGCCAUCUUUCCGUACAUCAACCAGAUGGUCCAGGAGAACGGCAACCUCGCCGACACGGACGCGGGGUUCUACUCCGGCCUCAUCGAGUCGCUGUUCUCCCUGACACAGGCUGUUGUCAUGAUCUUCUGGGGCAAACUCUCGGAUCGAGUCGGCCGCAAGCCGGUGCUCGUUUUCUCACUUGUCGGCGUUGCCUUUGCGACCUCCACCUUUGGCAUGGCCAAGACCAUUUGGCAAAUGAUCCUGUUCCGAUGCCUGGCGGGUGUCUUUGCCGGAACAGUUGUGACCAUCAGGACCAUGAUCGCAGAACACAGCACCCCGAAGACGCAGGCGAGGGCCUUCAGCUGGUUUGCCUUCAGCGGCAACCUGGGCGGCAUUGUCUGCGGUCCGCUUUUGGGUGGUGCUUUAGCCAACCCGGCGCAACAGUACCCCGGUGUCUUCGGCGGCGUCCAGUUCUUCCUCGAUUACCCAUAUGCGCUUUCCAGUUUCGUUGUUGGUUUCAUCGGCCUGACGGCGGCUCUGACAAGCUUCCUUUUCCUUGAGGAGACUCUGAAGAAAGAGCAUCAUGCGGGUGGUGAUGGCCCUGGAGGACCAAAGAAGGAUAAUCGUUCGAUCUUGAAGAUCGUGAAGUCUCCCGGCGUCGGCAUCGUGCUCUACACAUACGGCCAUGUCAUGCUUCUUGGCUUCGCGUACACCGCCAUCGUCCCGGUGUUUUGGUACACGCGCGUCGACCUCGGUGGGCUCGGCUUCACCUCUGUGCAAAUCUCCCUGAUGAUGGCCGUGAACGGCAUCGCUCAAGCAUUCUGGCUCCUGGUCAUCUUCCCCCCACUCCAGCACCGCUGGGGAACCAACGGCUUACUCCGCGUCUGUGCUUACGCCUACCCGUGGUUCUUCUUCAUGUUGCCACUCGGAAAUCUCGCCCUCAAAGCCGGCGCCCACAACACGACUGCGAUAACCUUGUUUUGGGUCUUUGCCCCGAUACUUCUGGCCAUCGGUAGUGGAGUUGCUAUGAGUUUCACCGGCGUCCAGCUGGCCUUGAACGAUGUUUCUCCCAGCCCUCAGGUUCUGGGAACCCUCAACGCUCUGUCAUUGACCGGGCUCAGCAUCAUCCGCGCCUUCUCUCCGGCUCUUUUUGCUAGUUUGUACGCACUGGGCGCACGCACUCAGUGGCUGUGGGGACAUGCGAUCUGGGUUUUGUUAAUUCUGAUUACCUUCCCAUACAUCUAUGCCGUCCUGCACCUUCCUAACUAUGAGAAUUUGAAGAAGGCAAGAGAAGAGUCUGGGCAAGCGGAGGCCAGCCGGUAA